CAGAUUUGAGCAACGUUUUGAGUUCAGUGAACAUUUUCUUGUAUUUGUGCUCGAUUUUCCCUUCAAAAAACAACUUCUUCGGUGGUCAUUUCUCAUCGAGGUUUCAGAACUAAUGGAUACAAGCACCAAUAAACUGCUGUAUCUUUUUGAGGAAAUCAAGUCCAAAAUCAAUUAUCUUGAAGAUGCAUUAGAUGAAAUCAACCAAGUCAAGAAAUCUCUUAAAGUCACUUCUGUUGAUGUAAAAGCACAGAUUCGUGAUAGCAUUAGUCGUCACCUUGAGGCCCUGCGAAACCGUGAGAUAUGGCUGUUAAGCCAGGCUGAGUUGAUAAUCCAUGGCAAGGAGGAUGUGCUUUCACAGAAGCAGGGAGAACUACUUGAAGUAAUUGGUGGGAUGAAGAAAGUUUGUCAUCUUCUUGACCAAAGCACUGGAGUAGAAUGUCUUGAAAUCUUUGAAGAUCAGCUGAGUGAAUUGAUAACAUCCGUGGAGAAAUUGAAUGUUUCACCAGAAGAAAAUCCUAGCAUUGCAUUUACUGGUCAAAACCUGGACCUCCUGGAAUCCAUCAGGACUUUUGGCAAAGUUGAUCACAGCAAAGAUGAAUCUAAUAUCACUUCAUUGCUUAACAAGUUGGAGCUGUCUGACCAGCCAGGUAACAAGCGCAAGUUUGUCACCAAUGCAACAGCAAUUGAUGAUUGGUUGCUUCAUGGAAAAAGGUGCCAGGAAUCGUCUCUGUCAUCAGUAGAGAAGUGGUUGAAAAAGUGCAAGACAUAUAGUGAUAAUGAGAGUGAGAUGGGAUAUUCUGAAAUGAGUGAAAUCAUUGACAACAAAUGGCUUCUUUCUCUUCAAAAAAACAAAAGUCAGUUCAAGCAAGAAGAAGUCAAGUUGACGUACUUUACCGAAAUCAAGAAGUCCAGCCCCUCAAAAUGGAUUAGAAAGUCACCUAAGACACCUGAGAUUCCCACUACAGUUGUUGGAGAAUCGUAUUCCAAGAUUGCAUCUCUUGGAAAUGAGUACUGGUUGAUGUAUAAGCAAGAAAAAAACAAGCAAAAUAGCCUUCCUGCUGAUCUUGGGAAGAUCCACGUGGUGGGAGACUUCUCUAAAUGGCUGAAAAACUCCACCACAGCCAAAGUCCCUGAAACAAGCACCGGACAAGCCUACUCUACUUUGGCUGCCUCGAGUAUGAAGCGAUGGCUUAAGCCUAAAAAGAAAUACAGUAAAUGCAGUGGAAAAAGAGAUUGUUCAGAUUGCGACCAAUGGCUGUUGAACGGCUCAGGUAAAUCAGUCAAGAACGAAGAUCUUGAAUCCUUGGCUAGCUCUGAUUGGCUGAAAGUGAAAGAUCUUGAUGUUCUCUCUAUAGAAAAUCUUGAUUCCAUGUUCUCUGACUGCUGCAAUACCAAUGACCAGAGUAACAUCAAAAAGGAAGAUAAGUCUGGAGUACAGAAGUACAACAUGAUGUUACAGGCACAACCCAAUCAAAACUGGAUUUUGCAAAGAUCCCUGUCAUCURAAGCUCCACCUGAGGUUAACCAAUCUACAKAUUCUAUGAGAAUGUUUGAAGAGUACCUGACGUCUAAUGAUUAUAAUAAAUGGCUUGCUCGACCAAAUGCAGUUUCUUCAGAUGUUUGUAARUGGUUAGCAAGGAGCUCUCUUGAUCGCUGCAAGAAUUGCCCUGAAACUUGCUCCAAAGGCCUGUUCAAGCUGUUUGCUGAAGUAAAAGAUACAAGUAGUAAUAUCUGGCUAAGAAAUUGAAGCCCAUCUCAAAAUGACGGUUCCUCGGAAGCAKUGACUUUUAGGAGCUGAUUAUCAAGAUGAUUUAUAUGUGUAUAUUUUAUGGUGUAGUUCCUCACAAGCAGAGACUUUUAGGGACUUAAAAUCAUAAACUAAACUUCCCAAACAAUGACCUUCUUACUGGUUUCUCAGGAGCAGAGACUUUUAGGGACCUGAAAUCAUAAACUUAACUUCUAUAACGAUAUCCUUCUUACUGGUUUCUCAGGAGCAGAGACUUUUAGGGACCUGAAAUCAUAAACUAAACUUCCAAAACAAUGAACUUCUCCUUGGUUCCUCGCAACAGAGACUUUUAUAUUAGGGACUUGAAAUCAUAAACUAAACUUCCAAAACAAUGGCCUUCUCCUUGGUUCAUCGCAAGCAGAGACUUUUAGGGACUUAUAAUCAUUAACUAAACUUCCAAAACAAUGGACUUCUCCUUGGUUCAUCGCAAGCAGAGACUUUUAUGAACAUUAAAUAUAAACUUAACAUCCCAUUAAAAGUAUCCUUCUCACUUCGGUUCCUCACAAGCAGAGACUUUUAGGGGCUUGAAAGUAUAAACUAAACUUCCAAAACAAUGACCUCACUUCGGUUCCUCACAAGCAGAGACUUUUAGGGGCUUGAAAUUAUAAACUAAACUUCCAAAACAAUUACCUUCUUACUGUGGUUCCUCAUGAGCAGAGACUUUUAGGAACUUAAAAUAUAUAUUUUUAUUUGUCUAGCAGAAACCUAUAAAAGCUAUUAAAAUCUAGGUUAGACACUCAAAA